UUUCAUUGUUAGCGCACGGAAUGAAUGCCGAGCCGUGAUUGGCUGUUCCGUAAUGCCCAGCUACGAUUUUGUCUUCCUCAGGGUCAGUCUGCAAUGCGGAGCAGGAGGUAGGGGACAGCUGGCCUGGUUACCUGCUGGAGGAGAGGGCCGCUGAUCAGCCAGCAUGGCCAGGUUCGCACUAACCAUCGUUAGACAGUAAGUGGCCAUUUAUCUCUCACCUUGCUGUCCGUAGACAUCAGUGUAAAGGUCAUCUCUAUCCAAUGCUGGGACCUGUUAGUGAGGCCAGUCAGAGCCAGGCUGUAAUAUAAUAAUAUCCUUCAUUGUUAUUAUUUAAUAUCCAUCUGGUCCUAAUGAGAAAGGGGGUGGGGGAGCCACAGCCGGUCUCAUUGAAAGUGCAAGGGUGUUAUCUAAAGGAAGGUGUGGGAUAUAAAUAUGGAGAGAGAGAUAUUCUUAGAGUACAGAUUGUAGCCAUAUUAGUCCAGUGAUGAACAUAUAAAAUAACAGGUGAAAUUAGCAUCUUGUAAACUAAGAGGUAUUCAAUUGUGUCCAGCCUCCAUCCACGAAAGAGUUAAAAAAUCCUACCAGUCACUUACUUGAUUCCAGCGCUGAUGUGCCUUAGUGCUGGGUCACGCAAUUCCUCUGCCGAUGUCAGCCGAUGGGGGACACACAACGCGCAUGCAUGGAUAUCCUUAUGCAAAGCAAGUGCGUCCAGCGUUGAUUCACGGAGUCUAACUCUGAAACUACAGGAAGUGCCUCUAACUUCUUGUGGCUGUCUGGUAGUCGGACAGGGACAGUGGACCCAGAUGAACUGGUCGUGAUGCCUAUAGUAUCCCUUUAAGACAGGGCUCAACAAAUCCCAGGCACUAGGACAAAAUUGCUGGGUUUUGUCAACCCGUACCUCUGAGGUGGCCAGCCGGCUGGGGGAGAGUGAAGGUGGGCCGGUGGUCAGCUUUGGGAAAGUGGGAUGCGGGCCAGUGGCUGGCUAUAAGGAAUAGAAGUGGGUGGCGAGGCAGAUGUAUUCUGCUUGCUCUGCUUCAUCGCACGCCAUGCGGUGGUGCCGGGAUAUGACAUCACUCUCUCACUGUGUGUGUGUAUGUUUUAAUUGACUGCCCUCCCCCUCCAAUGGCAUAGGAAUGGUGUUUUACUCACCUUUGUUCUCACGCCGUGCCAGUUUUCAUCUAGAUGAUCUCAGCCAACCCAAUGCUUUCUCAUAGGACAGAAUUGCGAGUCUGACACAUAUGUGGCAAAACGCUACACCAAUCACCAUCUCCUCAUAGAGAUGCAUUCAAUCAAUGCAUAUCUAUGUGAAAUGUUCGCGUCUCAAUGCAAAGUGUCGCAGCACUGACCCAGGAAGCACCUCUAUUGGCUGUCUGAGUGACUGUCACUAGAUGCUGAAUUUAGCUGCUGCACUCUUAUAGGAAGCACUAUAGUGGUCUCUGAGUGAUUGCCACUAGAGGUGUUACUAGGCUGCAAUGUAAACACUGCUCUUUCUCUGAAAAGGCAGUGUUUAGAUUGAAAAGCAUGCAGGGGCAGGUUAUAGACCCCAGAACCACUACAUUAAUCUGUAGUGAGUUCUGGUUACUAUAACGUCCUUUUUAAGAAUUGUGUUUUUGUCAUUGAAAAUCAAGCAUUGUUUUAAAAAAACAAAAAAACUGUCUCCUAACAUUUUUAGUUGGCUCCUAGAUUCCAAGCAAAUUUGUCAAGCCCUGUUUUAAGGAUAUAUGUGUUUUACAUUACCUACUGUUUGUCGUUUUUGUCUGUUUUGAGUUUAUUUAGUAAAACAAGUUAGCACAUUCAGUGUUAUGUUAAUUUUGUGCCGUUUUUAUUUACAUACAGUGGUAGGGAAUUAGUUAGAAAACAUGUAAAUGUUUUUUAAUUAAAAACGUAGCUGUUGCCUCUGUUUUGUUGGCUUUGAGGUAUAAAAAGGAAAAGUAUGGUAGUUAUGUUGAAUGUGUGUGUGUAUCUAUAUGAUCCCCCAAUACUGAUUCUCUUUUGCAUUAUGGGAGGCCAUGCUUAAUAUUGCAGGAGGACACUGAUGUUUUCAUACCCAUGGCAAAGCAGCACUAUCACUAUUUUUAUUAGGUUUUUUGCAUCCGAUAGAAGUAGGCAAUCUUUAGCAUUGUUUAAUUCACCAAUAUAAUUUACCCACAUACCAUCAGUCAAAAAAAAAAAACACAGAAGGGCAAACUGUAUACAUCAUGGGCAGUGGAAAAUGAUAGCACCUGGAUACUGAGAAAAAAUAAAGUCAAAUACCAGUGCUGCUUUAGUUUUUCUUAUCCUAUUCUUCUUUUUAUACUUGCAUAUACAUCUAUAACAUUUUAUAUUGUUUGUGUUUAGAUUACAUGGCGCCCAAUUCAGCAUUGAAUGCAAGGACAUUGUUAUUUUCUGGUUUCACCUGUUAUUCCUAUAUCCUUAAGGAAUAACUGAGAUUGGUAUCAGAACGUGUCCUUUCUUACAUGUCAACAUGUAUUGUUGACACUCUAACACAUGGCUCAACAAAUCCCAGGUCACUAUGGUAACUAGGAAAUUUGUCCUGGCGCCUGGGAUUUGUGAGCCUGUUCAGACCUCGCGGUGACGGCUGCCUGGGAGUGGAGACGGGCAGGCGUCUCAUGGCGAGCAGAAGCAGGCAGGUAAGCGGCUGGCUCAUGGAGAGCUGAGGAAUGGGGGCAGGAGGGUGGCUGAUUGCAGAGGCAGAUAGGGAGCUGUCAACUACCUGCCCUGCUUCCUCGCUCGCCCUCCAGUGAUACUGGGAGCCAGAAAAUGACAUCACUCAGACCUCCACAUCACUAAACAGCACUGUAGGUAGCAAAGCUGAGAGAUGAGAGCAGCCUCACUGGACCCCAGGGAAAGGUUCCACUCCAGCUCUCCCAAAGGUAGGGUAGCCGGUGGGCACAUUCAAAUAAAAAAUAUAAAUAAUUUGUGAGAGUGUGUGUGUGUGUGACAAAUCAGUGUGUCCGUCAGUGAGUAUGUAUGUCUUUCUGUCUGUCAGUGAGUGUGGGUCUGUUAGUGAGUCUCUCUCUGUCAGUGAUUGUGUAAGUUUAGGUUACAUGUCCACCUCCAUUCACAUGGGAACAGUGUUUUUACUCACCUUUUUUCCACACCGUGCUGAGAUCAUCAGUCUUGAUAAUCACAGCCAAUCUAAAGCUUCCCCAUAGGAAUGCAUUGAGAGACUACUGUGCAUGCGCGACAAAGUGCCAAACUGUGCCAGUCAACUUCUCCUCAUAGAGAUGCAUUAAAUCAAUGCAUCUCUAUGGGGAUUUUUAAAGAAGGUGCUGCACACUACAGCACUGACCCAGGAAGCACCUCUAUUGGCUGUCUGAGUGACUGUCACUAGAAGCUGAAUUUAGGUGCUGCACAUUGUGCAGCACUGAGCUUGGAAGCACUAUAGUGGUCUCUGAGUGAUUGCCACUAGAGGUGUUAAUAGGCAGCAAUGCAAACACUGCCUUUUAUCUGAAAAGACCGUGUUUACAUUGAAAAGCUUGCAGGAACAGGAUAUAGACUUCAGAACAACUACAUUAAACUGUAGUAGUUCUGGUGACUAUUGUGUUCCUUUAAGAAUUGUAUUUUUGACAUUGAAAAACCUGGCUCCUAGAUUCCAAGCCAAUUUGUCAAGCCCUGGUCUAACAGAUCCCACUAAUUAAACAAAUAACAACCAAUGGAAACAUACAUACCUAAAUAUUCUAAGGAAUUACUGAGAUUAUAAGAAAUUGUUUUGCUAUUUACCUUGUUCCUUGUCAGUUUAAAUAUAUUCCUCUAGUUUUCCAGUAAUUCCAUAUGGCAACACACAUUAAUUCAUUCAUACAUACAUUAUAAACAUUUCAAAUAUUAUUCUACAUUUAUGAAGGUGCAAUUUAGGGUAUUCAGCGCUAAGCAAUAACUAGAACAGUCCAAACGGCAGCUAAAUCACUGGAGCCGGGGUCUCUCAUCCCGUCCACAAACAGAUGAAAGUACAAGGAGUGGUGCAGCGCCUAAAGUGUCCUUUAAAAAAAAAAAAAAAAUUUAUACAGGAUGAAAAAGGCAAAAAAAGGAAAAUAUAUAGUGUAGUAUGUCACUGUCCAAAUAAAUAGAAUAAAACAAAAGAAACACACAAUUUCCUGGAGCUAAAAUUGUAGCUCCAGCUUGAAUGCCUGGGCAAAACAAUCCCCACCUAUGGUUAUAGUGUGGUUCUUGGUGGUUGCAGUCACUCAAAUGUUGGAAACUUAAGCAGCUUUGCGGCUAUAGGCUUAGGAUAUUAUAGUGUAAUGCCCAUUUGUGGUCAUUUCCCUCCAGAAAUAUAGGACAAAUAGAAAAAUUGUGUGUACCAUAAAGCACAGAAUACAAUUAAAGUGGUAAGAAAUUUACUCACAUGAGAUGGAGCAGAUGUGGACUGCUAUAUUCCUCGGGCUUGGGUGGUACAAUCCCCACCACGGAUAUGAUAGUUCAAGCAGAAUAGCAGUAAAGGUUAGUCCAAUAAAAAAGUACUUUUAUUUAAAGGUAAUUUAAUAUAAAACAAGAAAAAAUACACUCAAAGUGAGGUAGAUAAUGAUAAAUACACUUAACGCAUUUCACCUGGCAAGAGGCCAGACAUGGGGAACCUAAGCUGCUUAAAAUGGGGGGGGGGGGGAUUUAAAAAUACUGGUUCUGUGACAUCACAUGUAUUAUUGAUUUAUGUUAAUUAUUUUCGGUCAUGUGACCAUGGUCUUUGGUCGACCAUGGCGAGGCCUGUUCUGCGUGGAACCUGUCCUGUGAAUUCGCUGUAUGGUCUUGCCCACCAUGCUGCACCUCAGUUUCAGGGUCUUGGCAAUCUUCUUAUAGCCUAGGCCAUGUUUAUGUAGAGCAACAAUUCUUUUUUUCAGUUCCUCAGAGAGUUCUUUGCCAUGAGGUGCCAUGUUGAACCUCCAGUGACCAGUAUGAGAAAGUGUGAAAUGCGAUAACAACAAAUUUAACACAGCUGCUCCCCAUUCACACCUGAGACCUUGUAACACUAACUAGUCACAUGACACCGGGGAGGGAAAAUGGCUAAUUGGGCCCAAUUUGGACAAGUACACUUAUGGGUGUACUCACUUUUGUUGCCAACGGUUUAGACAUUAAUGGCUGUGUGCUGAGUUAGUUUGAGAGGACAGCACAUUUACAUUGUUAUACAGGCUGUACACUUACUACUUGACAUUGUAGCAGAUUAUCAUUUCUUCAUUGUUGUCACAUGAAAAGAUAUAAUAAAAUAUUUACAAAAAAUAUAUAUAUAAACAAGAGGAGUCUCAAAGUAUCCUUCCUGGUAAAAUAUUUUAUAAAGAAUUUAAUAAAAUAUUUUACUAGGAAGGAUACAUUGAGACUCCUCUUGUUUUCAAAUAUAUAUAUAUAUAUAUUUCAGCGAAGAAAAGUGGGCACUCACAGCUCUUGUUGUGUAAACACUGUUAUGUAAACACUGCAUUUUCCUUGAAAAGACCGUGUUUAUAGCAAAAAGCUUGAAGGUAAUGAUUCUACUCACCAGAACAAAUUUAAUUAACUAAACAAGAGCUGUGAGUGCCCACUUUUCUUUGCUGAAUUAUUUGGAUAUAUAUUGGUUCCAGCGUGGUGUACCAAGGCAUUACAUCAUUCCGUUUGUAAAAGCAAUUGGAGAAUAGUGAGUGCCCUCAUCCCUGUAUUGUAUGUGUGUGUGUGUGUAUAUGUAUGUAUGUGUAUAUAAAUUUAUUUUUAUUAUUUUUUUAAUCUAUUUUUGAAAGCACAUUUCCCAUACCCUUGAGAAAUGUGUCUAUGACAUAUUGUCAUUAAGCGUUUGUACUGACUGUUCUUAUUUCUCUAUGCCAGAGAGCACAGUACGGUACAGUUAGUUCAUUCCCAGCAGAUAGGAUAAAACAUCUGCAAUUUAGCAGAUAUUCACAUGCCUCAUGCAGGUAGUGUAGAUUAUUAUUAUGUUUGUUAAUUUUGUUCAGCAAUGGACAGACUUUAUAAUGUUUUUCUUUCUUUGAUGGAAACACAUCAAACUGAAGUAAUUACAUGGAUUCUAAAAGGCAUAUUGGGCACCCUUAUAUAGUUUAUAAAUCUGACUUUUUAAUUAUUUUGCCAUCUAUAGGCAUUUACAAGAUACCAAACCUUUUACAGCCCAUUAUAUUUAUGACGCUCAAUGCAAAUCUACAAUAACAAACUUCUAGAAUUUGAUCUAAUCCGUGUUUCCCUUUUUAAAAUGUAUUUGUUUAUUUCAUAUAGUGGGGAAACACGAUACAACAAAGAAAAACUGCUCCAAGGUAAGUUAAAAAAUAAAAUAAAAAAUGAAGUGCUAAUGUGACGAUACUGAAAAGACUGACCAUAAUUUGACACAAUUCCACUGUAUAAUGCUGUAUUUCUAACAUCUGCAUAUUUCUUGUCUGUUGUAGCAUGGUGGGCUGAUUGUUCCUUUUGUAAUCCUUCAUUUUACAGGCCAAGGGAUAGAUGAGCCUCUCUCGGAGAUGGGAGUUAAGCAGGCAGAAGCUGCUGGUAGAUUUCUUAGUAACGUCAUGUUUACGCAUGUGUUUUCAAGUGACUUGAUCCGUGCUAAGCAAGUAAGUGCAAUUGCUAAAUAGUUUUUCUUCCCUGUAAUAACAUAUUAUCAUUGUUAUAGCAAUUUUUUUGAAAAAGAUCCAAACUGUACUCAUAUUAAAGGAUCACUAUAGGGUCAGGGACACAAACAUGUGUGCCUGACCAUACAGGGUUAAAACCACCAUCUAGCCCCCCUGGUCCCCUCAUGCCUCCCUAAAUAUAGUAAAAUCUUACUUGUAUUCAAGUCUGCAGCUGCUUACUUAGUCCCUGUUUUCUUCAGACCUGCCCACUGCCUGCUGACUUCAGCAGAAGUGGUGGCCUGAUCCAAUCACAGUGCUUCCCCAUAAGAUUGGCUGAGACUGACAAAGAGGCAGAUCAGGGGAAGAGCCAGAACAAUUCAAACACAGCUCUGGCCAAUCAGCAUCUCCUAAUAGAGAUGAAUUCAAUCUAUGAAUCUCUAUGAGGAAAGUUCAGUGUCUACAUGCAGAGGGAGGAGAUACUGAAUGGUUGGAUGCAUUUUAGGCAGCCAUGACCCAGGAAGGAUCUCUAACAGCUAUCUGAGGAGUGGCCAGUGAAGUUAUCACUAGGCUGUAAUGUAAACACUGCAUUUUCUCUGAAAAGACCGUGUUUACAGCAAAAAGCUUGAAGGUAAUGAUUCUACUCACCAGAACAAAUUUAAUGAGCUGUAGUUGUUCGGGUGACUAUUGUGUCCCUUUAAUCUUGUGGGUUAUAUAUUCACAUAUCUAAAAAAAAAAAAAAAAACUAAGUUUUACUAAUACUGUAAAAUAAAUCACACUAUGAUAUAAAUUAUAUGUAACCCAAAUUUUAGUAUGAAAAGGGGUGUAAGAUCCUGUGUAGUUUUCUUUAUCACUAUUACGGAGUAUGAAACACUGGCUCUGUUUCCCCCCCGAAAAACGAAGGAUGCGCCUAGGGUGCUGCAAUAGGGUCCCCACCCUAGGCCUAUCAUUGCAACGGUAAAAUAACAUAGUAUUAAGAAUAAUAUGUAUUGCCAAAAUACUAGCAGUGUGAAAAAGUAGGGUUUUUUUAUUUGUAAGUGGACCUGGUAACAUUUAUCAUGUUCAAAAAGAGAUUCUAGCGAAAAUUCCAGAGAUUAAAUAAAUAAAAAGAUUCAAUUAUAAAAUGAUUAAAGUGAACCAGAUGUGAAAAAAAUAACUUACCCAAAAUUAGUGCCAUAUAAUGAUUUUAAGUUAUCUGAACCUGUCACUCGCGAGCGCCGCCAUCAUCUUCCAGCUUGUACUCUGGCGCUUCAGCACCAGGAACUUACAGCAUUGUGGUCUAUGGAGGAUUCUCUACAGAUAGAGCCAAUUCCUUGCAUCUAGGCAGCAGUAGCCACCUUGACAUGUCACAUGUAGUAGCAACACAGACAUUUUCCAGUGUGUGUAUUGCACAUUCAUGUCCAACUUCUCCCACAAUUUUAUUUACAAUUAAUAUCUCCAGGUGUUAUUUAUUUUAUUAUUUUAUUAAAGGAGCCGUCAUGGAUUUUUUAAAAUUACGUUUGCAAAUUCCAAGACUCUUUUUGAAAUGUAUCAUCCUCUACAUUAUAUUCUCUCUUCCACAGACCGCUUGCAUCAUUAUGAAGAAUAACCAACUGUGUGAACCCAUUGCCAUUAAAUAUGACUGCAGACUGCGAGAAAGGGUGAGCCAAAGUCACUGAACAUUCCCUUGUGUCUUUGGGAUCUAGUUUAGUUGAGGCUUUAGUGUUCUGGAUGUGUGAGUGUGAUGUCUAUGGAAUGUAUACUUUUAGAUUGCCUAUAAGGUUUGCACCUAUAAGUUAGGAUGUUUUACUUCUUAAUAUUUUUUUUAUUCCUUGGGUGCACAGGGAGAUGCUAAUGCUCUGUUACUUUAAUUCAGAAUUUUUGUAAAUAUAUAUAUAUAUAUUUAUUUAUUGCAGUAAAAACACAAUAUGAUUGACAAUUAACCUAUGUAUUUCUAUAUGAGAUUAUAAAUUCCACAUUAAACAGACUUUGCAAUAAAGGAAGACUAAAAAUAAGAUCUCACUUUUCAGGAAGUGUUUAGGAAUGCUGUGCAAGUUACAUGCAGGAAGGUGCAUAAACAAAGUUAUUGAACUCCUGAAUGGCAGAUAAUUGAGCAGUGAGACUGUGAGACUGCAUGGGCAUGAUCUGUACAAUCAAACGGCUUUAUUUAAGGGAUACUAUAGUGCCAGGAAUACAAACCUGUAUUCCUGGCACUAUAGCUCCCUCUGCCUCCCUCUCCCUUUAUAAAACCCUGUUGAUGUAUUUCGGCGCUGGGGCGACGCUCUGCUCCCUCCAGUGUUUCAAGACGAGCGAGUGCUAACGUGCAUUAGACCUCCCAAUAGGAAAGCACUGAAUCAAUGCUUUUCUACGGGGUUAAAUCUGAUGCUGGAGGUCCCCAUGCAGAGCGUGAGAACGUCCAGCGUCAGAUACUGGACCAAAGGUCCGUUUCAAUUCAGGAAGUCCUCGAGUGGCUGUCUGGUAGACAACCACUGUGGGCAGACUUAGAGCUGCAAAUAGAGGUAUUUCUUGUCUAUCACUGUCUGAAUUAGGAAGAAAAUAGUUAGAAUGAUCCACCACUAGGGAAAUUGUGGUGAAACCCCAGAAGGGAAAUUGUGGUGAAACGAUUGCUAAAAAAUUACUUUUAAUUGAUAUCGUUAAAAAUAGUCCCAAAAUAAAAGGGUCUAAUAAAUGGUGAAGUGUGUACUCGUUAUAGAUUAUCAAUAAUCACUCUUUUAUUUUUAGACUAUUUUUUUGUUGUGCAUAGAAUUACAUACAAGCUUGUAUGACCACGACAGUUCAGACAAGCAUCAGAAUUGCAAACGUCACAAUAUCGUGUCAUGUCAUGUAGAGUAUCUGCACAUUUUUUUAAUGAAAGUACGGUCAGGCUACUCAGUCAUGUCUAACUACAAGAAAUGAGAAGGUCAAAACAUAAGCUAGCAUAAGAUAUUUAACUAGAGAUGCGUACAGUUAGUUUAAUGACUUCUAUAUCUAGUUAGACAUGGAAAUGUGAGUAAGUAUUAAUUUAAGUUGACAUGCUAAUAAACAUUUGCAGGCUGAUAUUCCACUGGGUACCACACAAUACAAUUAAGAGAAAAAAUUAAGAGAACAGGAUUGAACUCCCUGCGCCCUAAACUCUUCGUAGCAAGUAUAUCACUGGAAGUGAUGUAUAAAGGAAUUAUCCCUGCACAAAGUAAAUAACUUGGAUCAACAGUGUAGAGAAAACAAAAUAAGAAGCGCUAACCAGCUGAACAUAACGUUAACUAAUACAACCAGAGUAUGCAUAUGCGAGCUUUGUCAGUAUUUCCACUGGGCAAAAGACACAAAAUAGAGUAGGUAGUUGAGUGUCUCUGGAAGAAUGGGUAGUGUGCCAACGAGCAGUUCAUCCAUACCCCGUGCUGAUCAUGUUGUGCUAUCUCUUCCUGCUUCAUGUAUGGCAGCGUCAUUCGCCUCUCCCAGUCUUGAGCUUGGAUGUGGAGUAGUGGGUGGUCGACUGGAGCCUGGUCCUGGGGACCAAGAGCUAGACAUGUGUCUUGUGCAUUCCCAGCUCGGUGGAAGAUCAGCUGAUCAAGCAACCAGGGAUUAGGCCGCUGGCAGGUCCGGUGCCUGUGGACCUCCCUCCAAGGUGUAGCGCUAACAUAUGGGGUGCCAUGUCGCCUGGCUUGAGGCUUGGGUAGGUAAAACCCAGUAGCUGGUUACAGAUGUUGCUGGGGCCAGGAGUUUACUCAGUCCCUUUGAGGCAGUGAGGGGUUUCUCUGGGGGCCACAUGGAGGCGAGUCAGUGCAGCGGCCAUUUUAGAUUUGAAGCAUUGGAGUACGCCCUGCAGGCUUGUUGAAGACCGCAUUGGUACCCUCCAGUGGAGACUGGGAUAAACCCUUAUAUAUACAUACAUAAAAAUAGGGCUGGUUUGGCACUCUUCCUUAGGAAUAAAAAUUAUUGAUACAUACCAGGGUGCAGCAGAACCAGCGAAAACAAAUAUAUAAAAAAUAAUUAGGCGCACUCUUGGAUUUGGAUAGUGUUCAGUUUACUGUGUCCAUAAAUUCAAAGUUUAAUAGAUCAAUGUUUCGACCUAUUCAGGUCUUUAUCAAGAUCAGAACAAAGUGUACAACAAUUAGUGCAUAUUUAUAAGAAAUAAAAUAUAUUUGCUUACCAGGUGAAGUGCAUAGAACCUCCCCAAACAAUCGGAACCCGGAAGUGUGCAGAAGCCACGGGUGACGUCUUUACGUCAUUAUGUUACGUAAAGGGGGGUCCAAAGGGCGGGGGGAGGGUAGGAGCAGAGUGGGUCUGCUGGACGUACCAGUCGGCAGGGAAGUCGGCCGCCCUUUCCCCUCCUAGCCGUCUGCAGGCCUCAACGUGCAGCCGCGGUUUAUGGUACUGUGGGCUUUUGGGAAAGGUAUCUGCUGUGUCGUCGCUGUAUUCCUGGUUGAUUUAGCCUAGUGUGGAGUCGCUGUGAGAUUUCCGGGGUUUUUCCCAAAAAAGCCAGUCCAGGAGCUCAUACAGCACACGUUCGCUCAGCUCCGAGUUCAAGCUGUGUCCCCCGGAUGUUCAGUCUUUUUUAGUAGCCACCUAGUCAAAAACACUGGCCAAAGUAAGCGGUCAUAAUUCUUUUUUGCAUUUUUAACACACAUACAAACAUAAAUGCUAACUUUGGCCAGUGUUUGUGACUAAGUGGCUACUAAAACCGACUGGACAUACCCCAUAUUGAAUACCCUGGGUUGUCUACUUUAAAAAAAAUAUGUACAUGUGAGGUGUGAUUCAGAGAUUUAUGACAGAUAACAAUGUCACUAUUGAUACAUUUUAAAAAUAUAUAUUUUGAAACAGCAAUUUCCUAUUUGUACUUAUAGCCCUAUAACUUACAAAAAAGCCCUUAAACACCGGGUGUUUUUAAACUCAGGACAAAAUUUUUAAUCUAUAUAGCAGUUUUGUUCAUUAGCUUUUGUAGGUAAGUAAAAGGUUUUUCAAGCAAAAAACAUGUUUGUUUUUUCAAUUUUUCACCAUAUUUUAUUUAUUUUUUUAACGUAAAUUAUAUGACAUGAUACAAAUAAUGGUAUGUAAAGAAAGCCCUUUUUGUCCCGAAAAAUCAAUAAAUAACUUGUAUGGGAACAGUAAAUGAGAGCGGAAAAUUGCAGCUAAACACAAACACCACAAAAGUGUUAAAACAGCCCUGGUCCUUAACGUACAACAUCGCCAAAACAGUCCGGUCCUAAAGGGAUUAAUAACAUUGCAGCAGAAGGGACACUGCACCCAGACCAUUUCAAUUAGCUGAAGUCGUCUGGGAGCCUACAGUGUUCCUUUAAGCUAAAGUUGUUUUGGUGACUAUAGUCUCCCUUUAAAAUAAAUGUGACUUGUGCAUUUUAGGCAAUAAUUUUAGAUUUGGAAAAAUAUCCUUCUUUUCUCUAGGCGCAGCUCUUUAUUUUAGUCAUUCAAUUUGGAUUUUAAAUGUGUACAAUAUGGAAUUUAGUAAAUUUAACACUGGGGUGUUUAGAAGCAGGGGAAAAUGAUCUGUACAAUUAGCCAAUUCUUAACUAAUAAAAGGGCACCUUUAAUAGCUAUUUCUCUCAAAUGUCCAGUUAUACAGUAUUGCUGAAUUUCAUAUAAAAGCAAUUUGCUUUAAUCUUUUUUCUGUUAUCAUAUAAGUUAGCUAUAACUUGUUUGAGAUGAUUUUAAGUGGAUAUAAUUCUAUAGGGCAACCUUCACUUGAAUGUCUCAUAUAUUUUUUUGGCUGGUAUUUAGGUGCUGUACACAAACUGAAAUUGUAAACAGCAUGCCUCAUGUAAUAUAUCAAGCUCUGCAUUAUAUCUUAUAUCAACCUAGUGGCAAGCUAUGAAUACAUGUUUUUUUAACCCAACUGUACAAAAACCUGCUAAAACAGAGAAAUUCUAAGAACAGAGAAGUUUUGCCUGUUUAAUUGGUCAGUACUGUUUAACAAGAGUGUUGAAAUUAAUGUAUCUUCAUGCAAAAAAAAAAUCUUGUUUCUAGAAAUAUGGAAAUGCAGAGGGUCGGCCCUUGAGUGAGUUAAAGGCAAUGGCAAAGCAGUCCGGACAGCAGUGUCCAUCAUAUACACCUCCAGGUGGCGAGACUCUUGAACAGGUAUGGCCCUUUUUGUAGUGCUUUAGCGGUAAUUACAAGCUUGUAUAACUUAUCAGUUGUUUUGAACACCAGUCCUUGAGGACAACAAGACAUAUUUUAUGGGCAUGACCUAUAUAGACAGGUGGCUAGUUAUGAUGCUAUUAUAGACCCACCCAUGUUUUUGCAAGGGAGCCAUUUGGAUCAAGGGAUUUAUACCUUAAUAAAGGAUAACAAAAAUGAUGGACUGUAAAACUAGCAGUAGAAAGAAGGCAGUGCUCAUGCCAUUGUACAGAACACUGGUGAGACCUCACUUGGAGUAUUGUACGCAGUACUGGAGAUGAUUUCCAGAAGGAUAUUGAUACCUUAGCGAGAGAGAUCAGAAAAGGGCCAUUCUAAACUGGUUCAUGGAUUGCAGGAUAAAACUUACCAGGAAAGGUUAACGGAACUUAACAUGUAUAGCUUGGAGGAAAGACGAGACGUGGGGAUAUGAUAGAAACAUUUAAAUACAUAAAGGGAAUCAACACAGUAAAGGAGGAGACUAUAUUUAAAAGAAGAAAAACUACCACAACAAGAGGACAUAGUCUUAAAUUAGAGGGACAAAGGUUUAAAAAUAAUAUCAGGAAGUAUUACUUUACUGAGAGGGUAGUGGAUGCAUGGAAUAGCCUUCCAGAUGAAGUGGUAGAGGUUAACACAGUGAAGGAGUUUAACCCCUUAAGGACCAAAAUUCUGGAAUAAAGGAAUCAUGACAUGUCAUGUGUCCUUAAGGGGUUAUGUACGUGUGGGGUAGGCAUAAGGCUAUCCUAGCUAUAAGAGACUAAUGAAAGUAGUUAGAAAAUUGGGCAGACUGAAUAGGCUGAGUGCUCUUAUCUGCUGUCACAUUCUAUGUUUCAUCUAGUCCUGUUCUAGUUUAAAAUGUACCUUUCCUGUGAAUAGAAUAAAGUAUUGACUAUGUUCAAUUUUUUAACAUAUGUUUUAAACAAUAGUCUCAGAGCUCAUUUCCAGUGUUGUUUACUGACAAGCUGCUAAUUGUUAAAAUUGGUUUUGCAAAUGCUAGUGACUAGCAGCUUAAUAUUCUUACCAAUUGAGACUGGCUUUAACUUCCCCUAUAGAAAAUAAUAAAAGAUGUUAAAGAAACACUAUAGAGUCAGGAACACAAACAAAUAUAUUUGACAAAUAGUGUUAAAAUAGCUAUCAAGGUAUCCGACCCCACCAUAAGAAAUAAGAUGUUUAAACUCACCUGUUCUCCCACGCCGCACAGGUCUCGGCACGGUUGGCUCCACCUCCAUUGCUGAAAUCAUCACGCAUGAUGAUGUCAGCCAAUUCAAUACUUUCCCACCAGAAAGCAUUGGGAGGCUGUUGCGCAUGCGCAGCAAAAUGUCUCGCUGCACUAAUCAGCAUCUCCUCAUAGAGAUACAACGAAUCAGUGCAUCUCUAUGGGGUAUGUUCAGUCUCUCCACGCAGAGCGUGGAAUUGUUGAAAGCCAGUACUGCACACUGUGCAGCACUGACACAGGAAGCACAUCUAGUGGUCGUCUGAGUGACUGCUACUAGAGGUGUUUGGCAGCAAUGUAAACACUGCCUUUUCUCUAAAAAGGCGGUCAUUACAAUAAAAAGCCUGCGUGGACAGGCUAUAGACACCAGAACCACUACAUUAAGCUGUAGUGGUUAUGGUUACUAUAGUGCCUUCUCUACAUUUUAAGGUAUAAACACAAUUCUUUGUAAUGCAUUGUGUCAUAUUUUUCUUAUGAUUGACUGUUUUCUACUACUGAAUUAGCACGUGUUUACUAUGUUUUAUAUGUGGAACAUGUUUGUAAUUACAAAGUGUUCUCUGGAUUUUUAUUUAUUUAUUUUCAACGGUUUCAUAUGUCUUUCACAGGUUAGAGCUCGUGCCAAAGACUUUUUUAAGUAUUUAUGUCAGUUGGUGUUUGAGGAACUGCGCAGUAAAGACCAGUCAGAAUUAGGUGCCACAGGAAUAUCCAAGAUCUCGUCGUCUGACCUCUUUCCUUUUGUAAACCAUAGCAGUAACGCUAUACCACAUAAUACCAAUGAUAAUCACGUCCCUCUGGAUGCAAAUAUCCUAUUGGUCAGUCACGGAGCCUACAUGAGAAAUUGGAUCAAAUAUUUUGUAGAAGAUCUACAGUUUACAUUUCCUCCUAAUCUAAAGAUGUCUCGAGAAUUGUCUGUAAGUCCCAACACUGGGAUCAGUCAUUUCAUUGUGAAUGUGGAAUCUGAGGAACCCUUUAAACCUAAAAUACAUUGUGUUUGUAUUAAUCGUCAUGAUCAUCUAGCAGACAUGAAUGCAGACACCAGCCAUUAUGUUGUAUGAUGUAUACAGACUGCACUGCAUUGUGAGCAAUCAGAUUUAUAUUAUUGGACUUAUACAGUUGCUUGCAAUGUUUAAAGGAGCAUUAUAGUGUAGUCCUGAAGUGACUGUUUGGGUGACGGUCCCCCUCCGUUCUCUGAAAAGGCAGAAUUUACAUUGAAAAAUCUGUAGGGACAUGCUAUACACAAGACCCACUACAUUAAGCUGUAGUGGUUCAGGUAAUAUAGUGUCCCUUUAACUAGCAGUGAGAAGAUGACCUGGAAAUUGGGUUAGCCAACUGUGGGAAUAGGCUAACUUUAGGAGUUGUAAUCGGACCACAUAUUUAGGGUCACACUUGGGUACACAUGGUCCAAUCUGCAAUCCAACAUCUACUUCACUCGAUGAAGCUGCUUUGUAUCUUUGCAUGCAAUAGUUAUACUUAUUACGACUUUCACCAAAACAAAAUCGUUUGAAAUAUGUUUACAGGUGAACCAUGUAUUAUUAGAAAUGCUCCUUAUUUAGUUCGGAUAGAUUUAAAACGUUAGUUACUCCUGAUCCACAGAAUUCACUAGUAUUACAGUUCCUAUUAAAUUGGUUUAUAAGCUGAAACCGUAGCUUGCAAAAAAUAAUAGGAAUGGCUGUGAUAAUAUCCUUAUGAUAAAUCUGCACGAAUAGUUUUAGAAAUGUUUGUGAGCUUUAGUAAGGACUACUGCUGUUAUUUAAUCUUCAGGGAUUAUAUGAUGUUUAAAUAAUAUAAGAUAAGUCUAAACACGAUGCACAACUCAAGAAAUGCUAAUAUAAAUAUAGCUUUAUCAUCAAUAGUAUGUCACAAUAGCAAACAUAAGGACAAACAAAAAGUGAGGAGGCUAGAAAAUAAACAUACAGCAACACAGAUCACGUUAAUAGCCUGCCAGAGUCAGACACAAUUCACCCCCAAAAAACUGUUUCGGCACGCUUAGGUGCCUUUCCCAGUGUAAUUUUAAAUCCAAAAUAUCACUGCUCUAAAACAGCAUUUCACAGUUCAGCUUAAGCAUUAAACCUAUGCAAUAAAUUAUCUAGUGAGAUUUCCAAUAUUUAAUAGCUACAACCCUAUUACACUGGGGUUUGUACACUAGGCUAUUUGUUAUUAACCAACUUACAAAAUUUAGACUAUUUUGGAAAAAAAAUCCAAUUUUGCUCCUUUGGCACACACCACAACAAAUCUGUCGUGGUCAGAGUUUUGAUUCUCAACCACUCCACUGAGCACUUAAUUAUUUUUAAGAUGUCUACAAGUUGAACUGUCACUACUACGAAGAAACAGCUCCUUCUACCUUCACCUUAGUAAAUGCUGCGGCAGCAUUGGCCAAAAAAACAACUUACCUCCAUUGCACCUCUGCAUUCAGAAAGACUGAUCUACCCAUGAUGCUUCAGGCAUGCUUAUGGGUAAAAAAUUCAAUGCAAGUGCACACGCACACUGUGAUUUCUUCAGCAGUGCUGUAAGCAAAGGUUAACUAAUGUGCAUGCAUUGCUCUAAAGAAUUUUAAAUAAAUAAAUAAGAAAUAGUGCAGCCAAUAGUUGUGUAAAAUUUUUAACUAAAGUUGUCUGUAAAACUGUACAGGGGCUAAAUGUGUCAUGUAAGCACAAAAUUAUUAUUGAUUAUUUACUGAGUGUGUUUUUGUUUGGGCAUCCUGUAACAAUUUACUAUGCAUGUUACUGAGUACAUGUUAUGCUGCCCUUCACUGUUAAUGCACAGUAAUCCUUGGCAUCCUUGCCAAAUAUUUGAAAAUGUAUAAUACACCUAGUAUAAUAUGAAAUUACUCACUAUAUGAAAAAAUAGAUAAACCUAUAAGAUUUCAAUUAGACUUAAUUAUUUGAAGGUGAUAGGUCCACCUUGUGUUAAAGUUGUCUUGCAGGUGAACGUCUCCAGGCCUAGCAGACUAAUGUGAGUGUUUACAUGCAGCUGAUGACACAAUGUAUACUGUUCUUAAUUCCUAUUAUUAUUAUUAGAGAUCUUUGCCAGAAGCUCAAGGAAGCAAGGUGAAUGGUUACAGUUAGGACCCACCUGGGGGGGUCUGUUGAUGUUGGCAGGUGGGCUUAUCCUCUCAUGGUCAUUGGAGGUAACUAAAAAAAACUACAUUUGUUUAAAAAUACAUAGUGAUUAAGGAGAGAGCGCAGGUAACUUGUUUUACUUUGGACUGGUAAUAUACCCUUCCACCAGGUCCCCAUAAUUUUCACUGAAUGUAACGAAGUAUAACUUAAGUAUGCUGUGUGCUCUCAAAAUGGGUUGCUUAAAAGAUAUGUUUUGUGUCUAGAAUAAGCAUAGGCUUUUUUUUGCAUUUUUUUUUGUUUUGUUUUGCACUUUCGUAAUUGAUUUUGUAAAGAGUAGAGCAUAAAUAUCAUACUUUAUACAGGGGAUCGUAAACCCUGGCUAAACUAUGGGGCAGAGUUUGAGUUGGCUGCUAUAUACAAUUAGUCUUCAACAAGAGAAUACCAUUUGAAGAGGAUGGGUUUUUCAGACCAUCAGAUCAAGUGACUAUUAAAUUAAUAGUUUCCAAAUGAUUUUGUAUUACAUCAUCUAAAACAUCACCAGUGGGAUUAGAAAUUGUAUGUGGUUAAUGAGAUUAAUUGUAGAUUUGUUGCUUUUCGGCCAUGCCAGAAGAACAUAUAUUGUCAGGAUUAUUCACUAAAUUGGGAGUCAUCAGUAAUUAAGAUCAAUUCAAGGUGACUUUCAUAAUGUGGUUAAAAUAAGUCAAAGUGAAUCCAUAGCUAACAUGGAAUCUUUUUCCAGUUGUGUCCAUAAAUUCACUUCAAUUUCCUGUUAAUUCACGCUUAAAUUAAUAACCCUGUCUAUGUUUACAGUCAUAGCUAUGAUAAAAUAAUAAACAACAAAGAUUUUUUUUUCCCUCUUGCAUUGUACAUCAGCUUAAAGAACUUGCAUGAAUGCUAUAUAAAAGUAACAUUAAGGGGAUAUGAACAGGGAGCUACCACAGCAAGACUACCUCUGCCCAUUAUAUCCUAUAUAUCCAACUAUCGUGAUAUAUUAAAUAUUAUAUUCACUUUAUCGGAUUGUAUACCUUUCAGGCUCAGAAAUGUUGAUGGGCUGGAUCCCAUUAAAUAAGGAUGUAAUGCAGUAGAGCAUGUGCACUUUUUAAACAUUGUGGGUCACAAAAAACCCCCCCAAAAACGUGAAAUCCAUUUACUUAAUAAGCUUUUAUGUUUCAAAAAUCUUUUGACUUUCAUUUGGUCACCAAUUUAGUAAAGUACAUAUAGUCUAUAUCCUCUCAUUCACGGGAACACAUGUCAAACUAGAACGUCAAAAGAUGCCUCAUAUAGGCCUUUCUACUAAGUCAAUUAUUACUAUCUGAAUUUUACUAGAUAGCUUACGAAUCUAGACUAGACUGGUAUGAUCUAUCUAUCUCUCUCUCUAUAAAUAUAUAUUAUUAUUAUUAUUUUUAAUAUAUUUUGUUGUAACAUUAGUGACAUAAAGAACACUGCUUUCUUCCACAAAAAUAUAUCCAUUCUCUACUUCACAUUUCUAUGUUACCUAAAAUGUUUCUCCUAGUUGGAGUGAUUGUUGUUCACAGAGCAUACGUCUGUUUACUCGGCUCUUCUAAAAAUAUUUACAAAUUUUACGCAUGUAUUAUGCCAAGGCAUACUUUGUGGUUUUCGUGGAAGGCAGGGAAAUACCUUCAUAGAAAAUGAAUAUAACUUAAUUAGUCUUUUAACUAUUUCAAAUCCUGUAACCCAUAAGCUUCUAUUGCCAUCUUGAUUUUAGAUUUUUAUAUAUAUAUAUA